AUGGCAAGAUCGCCACAGGAAACUCCCUUCCUCCCCCGAACAUUCGACGAGAACGACCCAAACAGAUCCGUAUCCAGGAUAGCAUCACACUUAUUCACAAACUGGAACCCAGGCCACGGCCACCUCGAAGUAGUCCCCUUACCCUCCACCUCACACAAACAGUUAUACCAACUCACUUACCGCCGCCACAUCGCCUUCGACCAAAGAACCCACCACGAAACAGCCCUGGUGAAGGUUCACAAACUUCCACUGUCCAACUCCCAAAAACAAGUUUUCAACAUUCAUAAAGUCCUCGCUCUACACUCCCUGGCUUCGCCUCUUCUCCUCACUUUCCUGAAUGGGUAUGCGUAUGGGUUUGUUCACGGCCAUGCAUGCUCCUCUUCUAUCAUGUCCAAGGAAAGCAUCUGGAGAGCAAUCGCGUGGGAGAUGGCGCAUUGGCAUGUGAUUCUCCCUGUUUCGGAUGCAGAGAGUGGAAGAGAAGUACCGGAUGUUUGGUCCAAGGCCAGGGAAUGGCUUGAUAUUCUGAGUGCCGAGGGAGAGAAGGCGAAGUUGGAGAAAGAGUUUGAGUUUUUGAUUGAGAGAUUAAGGGGUAGGAACACGAAUAAAGAGCAGUUUGUAUUCGGACAUGGCAACUUGCGCCCAGAAAACAUCGUAUGGAAAGGGACGCACGACGAGUACUCAGAUGAAUAUCAAAUCGACGCAAUUAAAUUCAUCGAUUACGAACAUUGUACCUAUUGCCCCGUAGCGUUCGAGCUCGCAACCUAUUUUUCAACAUGGGCUGGAUCGGAAUGUGAUUACGAGCUCUUACCAGCUGAGAAAACACGAAGAGCUUUCAUUCGAGAAUAUGUUGAUGCUUGCGCGCUUUAUUCAAACUCUGAUAGCGAGGAUGAGAUCGAGGUUGAGGGACAAGAAGAUGCGGUUGAGAAGCUCGUGCAGGAGGUGGACGAGUGGCGAGGCUUUGUGGGGUUUUAUUGGGGUUUAUUUGCUUUACUCAAAGCAACAGAUACAGAAGUAGACUCGGCAAUUAGGCAUGAACAUGCGAAAUAUUCCAAGCUGAAAUUUGCUGAAUACUAUGCCUGGAAAGAAGACGAUGUAACGAUUGCGAGAGAAGGAGGGCAAGUACAUGUCGUGGAAAGAGAAAGGAUGGGUAACUGA